CUGCGAUGAACUUGUAUGAAUGAGAGGACGCACGCCUCGCUAACAUUAACUUACUCUGUCAACAGUGAUGUGUUCCUUGUCUUAGAGGUGUCAACCUCAGUUCCUGCAAAACCUGAAAAAGAAAAAUGCGAAACAACCAUUUCAAAUGUUGCAAGUCCUGAAUCAUACAUCAAGCAUCCGUUACAAAACAGGUGGGCUCUUUGGUUUUUCAAGAAUGACAAAAGCAAAACAUGGCAGGCCAACCUUCGUCUCAUCUCCAAAUUUGACACUGUAGAAGACUUCUGGGCAUUAUACAAUCACAUUCAACUAUCAAGUAACUUGAUGUCUGGCUGUGACUACUCGCUGUUUAAGGAUGGGAUUGAGCCAAUGUGGGAGGAUGAGCGGAAUCGACGAGGUGGCCGCUGGCUGAUAACACUGUCCAAGCAGCAGCGCAGAUCAGACCUGGAUCGGUUCUGGUUGGAGACGCUCUUGUGUCUUGUGGGUGAAGCUUUUGAUGACCACAGUGAUGAUGUGUGUGGAGCAGUCAUUAACGUCCGAGCCAAAGGAGAUAAAAUAGCAGUAUGGACCACAGACUACGAAAACAAAGAGGCCAUCACACACAUAGGGCGUGUGUAUAAAGAGAGAUUGGGCGUUCCACCAAAAGUGAUCAUCGGAUACCAGUCACAUGCAGACACGGCCACAAAGAGUGGUUCCACAACCAAGAACAAGUUUGUUGCCUGAGGACCGUAAACCAGAAUCUUCAACCAUGUUUCCGUGUUUUCUUUUGUUCCCAGCAUAUAUUUUCUGUACUUUUUCCAUGAAUGUAGCGGACAUGUUUAUCCACGAACAAACAUUAGAAGUGGAGAUAAAAUUGCUUUGUUUUUGUGUUGCUUAUUUGUUGCUACUUUACCAAAGCUUUUGUUUAUGGUGAUAGUAUGUGAAGUUAAAAUGUAGCACUUUUAUUUGAGAACUUUAUUGUGGUGGUGGGUCUAAGAUGAGUAAAAGAUGUGUUAAUGCCCUGAUUUCAUUUAUAAAUGCAGUUUGUGGAGAAUUUA